UUUAUCAUUUAGUGUUUACAAAUACUUAUGUUGUAUGUUUAAAGUUUUCAUUCGUUGUUACUCUCAAACACAAAGAUUUUGUAAACAUAUUGUUGUAGGACAACAUUGAUUUAGAAAAUAACGAUGAGACGUUCUGUUGAUUGACAUGUAUACUUGAGGGUACACCAUACACAUGAGUACUUGACCGUACACUAUACACAUGAGUACUUGACCGUACACUAUACACGUGAAUGGAAUUGAUAUCGUUACCGUAUUGCUGUUAUUAGACAAGAUACUUACGUUUUCUUGUCAUAGCUGGCUUGAUUCCAAUUGGAAUUUAACCUUAUUUAAUAAAACCAUUGCAAAAUCAGGCGUAUUCCUCAAAUACUUCUUGUGCUCUCUCUUUCUCUUUCUUCAGACAACAAUUUUUAAUUUUUGCUACUUUUUGUGAAUGGAGAACAAUAUGGGAUUGCAUCAUUGCUCUCUAUCAAAUCAAACCAGUUCUAAUGUUGUAAUGAAUUUCAAGAAAAUCCCUUUUCUAUUUAAGGUCAUGUUUGUGAUAAUCCUCUAUUAAAAAACGCAGAAAAAUUCCCAGAUUCUUGGUUUACUGCCUUCCCAAAGAGUCGUAGUGCUUCUAAAGCAAGAAUAUCCAGUGGUAGUUCAUGGUGUGCUCCUGCUGCAGACGGCAAUUAUUAUUUUCAACUAAAUUUUCAAGUCUUUAUGCAGUUAACGUCAUCGCAAUCUUUGGUGACAGUUCAAGUUCAAGCUUUGUAACUAAAUAUCACUUGCAGACAAACAUUGAUGGUGUGAGCUGGAAAUCUGAAAAAUCCCAGAUGAUUUAUCUAGGAAACAAAAAUGGUUACAACGAUGCGGCUAUAGAAAAGUUUUCUGGUGGCCUUAAAUCCAAAGCUUUGCGAAUCUUUCCAUUGAAAUUUGUUGGUGCACCGUGUUUACGAAUUGAAAUUUGUGGUGGAGACUUACUCCCAGACAAACCAACAGAUCUCAUUGCAACCAAAUCUGCAUCGACGUACCUCGAGAUAUCAUGGAAACAUCCCAAAAAAACUGGUGUAAAACUUGGUACAAAUAUCUCGAAUCCUCUUACAAGAUAUCUAUUGAUUUUGCUGAAGGAUACUAUGAUUGUUUUUAAUAAAACUUUAGAGGUAACUGACAAAAAACCGUACAACAUUACGAAUCUUGUUCCUUACGCAACGUAUAAAGUUAAUGUAACCGCUGGCAAUUCUGAAGGCUUUGGUAGAUCAACUACAGCUACUUUUAGAACUGCUGAAGAUGUUCCCGAAGGUCCACCUUUAAAUGUUCAAAUUGUCGCCUUAAGCAGUUCAUCGUUAUCAGUUACGUGGGAGCCACCAGACAAGAAGAAAACAAAUGGAAAGAUAGUCAAUUACACUGUUUGUAUUACACAUUUGGAGAAUGAAACCUGUUCAAUGAAGUAUAUGAUCGAGGAACAGCGUUUGGACAUAAAUAAUGUGAAACCAGGGACAAAAUAUUAUGUUCGUGUUUUAGCUUCUACAAUAGUGGGAUCUGGAUGUUACAGCAAUGUUACAUGGGUAUUUACAAAUGGAUUGGCACCUGAACUGUCCACCAAGCAGAUUGGAAAUACGUUGACUUAUUUGUUGCAAAAUCCAAAUGUGGAAUAUCGAUAUUUCUAUGUAGUCGCGAUGAAAAAUGUCACAGAAGAGAGUCGAUUGCCUUCUAACUUUAAAAACACAGACUUAGUGACUUAUUCUAAGGCCAUAUCUUCCACACAACCAAUGCCGUAUAUUGCUGCUGUAGUCUCUCGCAGAGACUUUAAGCCUGAUUUUACACUUGGUGACGGUGAAAACACAACACGGCGUUCCAAUGGUGAAAAUUAUUAUAAUGGCCCGCUAAAGCCUGGCACUAACUACAAAAUAUUUCAGCGCGUUUUCAUAAAUGAUCAGGGUGAUUAUUAUUCCACUGACUGGAGUCCAGUGGCAGCAACUGCCCAAAAGCACAAGUCUUCAGACGGUGGAAAAUUGGAGCCAUUGCUGGUGCAGUUGUAGCUGCAAUUUUGCUCAUUAUUUUUGUCAUAUUGGUCAUUCUUUUUGUUAGGAUCAAUUCAAACUCUGCUACAGUGCAGUGAACUGCGUAUUGUAGUUAUUUGACGGCUACUAAAAGUUCUCAAAAAUGGGGGAAGUUGAAUUUUUUCGAAAUUAUUAGACGUUUUCUGAAAUUUAACGUACUAUAGAAGAAUAUGAUUAAGCAUAGAAUUUUAUUUCCUUUUAACUAUAAGAGUGAACGAGAGUGAAUGAUUCUGAAGAGUAUUUGAAAACAAUUUGGAACAUAACAUCAAAUUUUUAGGCUAAGGAUGUAGUCAAUAUUUGAAAUAGGAUAAUAGUUGUAAUACUUUUAUCUAAGUACAUUAAAUAAGAAAUAAAGUUAAAUUACAAACAAA